CCGGUGGGGAAUUUUAAGGGGGAGGAAAGGGAAAGGAGGAAAGAGAUGUGAAUACUGUGAAUAUCAACAGAUAUCAACAUCAACAUGAUAAAAUAAACUUAUAAGAUUGAUGUGCAGUAAGUUCCUUUUAAUAUUAUUUUUACCAAGCAUUUAAGCUUGAAGCUUGAGCCGAAUUUAUAAAUUCCCAUGAAACAAUAAAUAAAAUUUUACCGUAAAUAUGGUAGAUAAUCCUGAAGCUUCCAGUACACCAAAAAAAGUAAUGGAAGGAGGCCUAUUCGAAAUUAUCAAGAAGUUGUAAGUCCUAUUGAAAAUCAAAAGAGUGUAACAGAAAAAGAUCAUUACAAUGAUAAAGUUCCAAAAGAAGAUACAAGUUCUGAAACAGAAUCCUAUUCAGAUGAUGAAAGACAAGUAGAUUCAGCUGAGGAAAACAGCCUAAAUGUUGAAUCCAAUAAGAGCAAAACUCGAUUUAGUGUCAAUGGAAAUAUAUUUUUUAUUUUGUUUUUGAUAUCAGUUUUAAUAGCCCUAUAUAUGUAUAAUCCUAAGGCUGAACCUGUGGAGAGCAUACAUACUGAUUUUGCUAAUUUAAUAAAUGAUCAUCCACAAACAGAAGAUUUCUGGAUUAAUGUCAGGGUGGCCCUGCAUGACAUUAAAAGGUUAAAUCAACCCAAAUCCAUAAUAUUUUUGUAUGAGGAUGAUACUACUAUGGCCAAGGUUCUUAAAAGUAUAUCAAGGUAUGCUUCAUAUGAUAUAUGCAAAAGUAAACAGGUAAUUCAAUUACCUGGUAGAUAUUUAAAAAACUCAAAUAUCUUGGAAGAUUAUGGUACCUUUAUAUCAGAAAUCAGAGAUAACUUAGUUGAAAAAUGUGUUAUAGUGAUAACAAAUCUAGACGAAGCUCCAGGAACAUCUGCUCAAGCCUUUCAUAGUUUAUGUGAUGAAUAUAAUCCUGUCAAGGCGCAAGUUUUAUUUUUAUUCACAAUGAAAGUUAAAAGUCUUGCUAAUACUAGUGAAAAAUAUAUUGAAAAAACACUACUGGAGAAGUGGAAUGAUUUACAUGUUGAUAAAUUUUAUCCUUUGUAUGCCAGAAUUUCUACCUUUGUUGUAAAAGUGAAAACAGAAAAAUAAAGUAUAUUUUAUUGAA